AUGGCCCCUCCAUCACGCAACUAUAAUUCCACGGCCAGCCCUUCCGUUGUUGACCGAUUAUCUCUGGUCUCUGGACAUCUUGCCGGCCGCAACCAAACCAACAUCUCCAACCUAUCUGCAGUCAAUCAAUCGCGCACCAUGUCUUCGCAGCCGCCGCACCCCACCCUGCUCAUCCCGGGCCCCAUUGAGUUCGACGAUGCCGUCCUCAAGGCCAUGAGCCACUACAGCGAGAGUCACGUUGGCCCUGCGUUUGUGUCUACCUUCGGCGACGUCUUGUCGAUGCUCCGGAAGCUCUUCCAGACCUCCGACCCCGCCUCGCAGCCCUUUGUCCUGUCUGGCUCUGGCACCUUGGGAUGGGAUCUGGUGGCCUCCAACUUGGUCGAGGCUGGUGAGAACGUCCUCGUUCUCGGGAGCGGCUACUUCAGCGACGGCUUCGCCGACUGCCUCAAGGUGUACGGUGCCAACGUCGACGAGAUCAAGGCGGCACCCGGCUCCAGGCCCCAGCUCCCGGAGAUCGAGAAGGCACUUAAGGAGAAGAAGUACAAGGUCCUGACCGUCACCCACGUCGACACCUCGACCGGAGUCCUCAGCGAGCUCAAGAACCUUUCCGCGCUGGUCCAGAAGGUCUCCCCGGAGACUCUUGUCAUCGUCGAUGGUGUGUGCUCUGUCGCGAGCGAGGAGAUCGCCUUUGAUGACUGGAAGCUGGAUGGUGUUGUCACGGCUAGUCAGAAGGCCAUCGGCUGCCCCGCCGGCCUGUCCGUUUCCAUGUUCAGCGGCAAGGCUAUCAAGGCUCUGGAGAGCCGCAAGACGCCUCCCGCUUCCUACUUUGCUUCGAUGAAGAACUGGCUGCCCAUUAUGCGGAACUACGAGGCCAAGAAGCCCUCCUACUUCGCCACCCCGUCGCCGCAGCUGGUUCAUGCACUGCACGAGGCGUUGACUCAGAUUCUGCAGAAGCCCCUUGCUGAGCGCUUCAGCAAGCACAAGGAGGUCUCUGACAAGAUCAAGCAACGCAUCUCUGCUCUGGGCCUGAAGCAGGUCGCCGGCGAGAGUGCGGACCAGGCUCACGGCAUGACUGCCAUCUACCUGCCCGAGAACGUCAAGGGCACCGAUCUGCUGCCCAUUCUGGCCAAGAAGGGAGUCGUCUUUGCUGGCGGUAUCCACAAGGAGAUCGCAACCAAGUACAUCCGGUUUGGCCACAUGGGUGCUAGCAUUCUCCAACCCGAGCGUGGGGACGUGGAAAAGGCACUCACAGCCCUGGAAGAGGGCCUUGCUGAGUGCGGCUACAAGAAGCCGUAG